AUGCCCUCCACCCGCAAGCAGACCAUCGCCAGCAUCCCGCUGCGCCAGCCCGACCGCUCCGCCCCCCCCGACCCGACCCUCCUCGGGCUCGCCCACCAGCGCAACCUGUUCGAGCAGGCCGCCGCGCGCCAGGCCCAGCUCGCGCGCGAGACGCACCCGCGCGGGACGCCCCGCCGCGCCGAGCGCAUCCUCGAGGCCUCCCUGUGGACCGCCUCCAUCGCCAUGCUCCACUUCACCUUUGACGUCUUGGUGCAGCACCAGUACGGCCGGGAAAUCCACUGGGCGGCCGUGUGGGCUCGCGCCGCCCGCGCCUGGUCAGUCUUCCUCUUCCUCUUCUACUUCCUGCACGCGCGCGAGCCGGCCGACGUCCUGGUGCCCGGCGUGGCAGCCCGCCACCAGCGCCGGCUGCGGCUCGCGCUCUUCUUCGCCGCCAGCGUCGCGGCCGGCUGCUACCUCAUCCACAUCUCCAACACGUACGGCUACCUGGCGACCAUGAAGCAGGCCCCGCCGCUGGGGUGCCUCUGGCUGUGGGCCGUCGUCGAGCUCGACCUCGCCUGGGGGUGUGCCAGCCUGCUCGUCGCCGCGCUGUUUCUGCACCUGGGGGGCUACAGGUUGAGGUGA